AUGAACGGGACACUAAACUACACUGCACUCAAUGUUACGGAAAAAUUUCGGAACGACAGCCAAGUUACGCCGACCCACCAAAUUCACGGAUACGAAAACAUUAUCGACAACAAAUGGGUCCAGACAGUUUUCUGCAUCAUUUACACUGUUAUAUUCGUGUUGGGUCUACUUGGGAACAUAUUGGUCUGCUUCGUGGUGAUACGGAACAGAGCCAUGCAGACCGUCACCAACUUGUUCAUCACUAAUCUGGCUCUCUCCGACAUCCUCCUUUGUUUAUUCGCCGUCCCUUUCACUCCGCUCUAUUCCUUUCGCGGUUCCUGGAGCUGGGGUUCCCUUCUUUGCCACAUGAUGCCUUCCGCACAGGGUUGCAGUGUAUACAUAUCGACUCUAACUCUUAUGUCAAUAGCUAUUGAUAGGUUUUUUGUAAUCAUAUACCCUUUUCGGCCGCGGAUGAAAAUAGAGACUUGCAUCACAGUCAUUAUUAUGAUAUGGACGUUCUCAGUUACAGUGACUCUUCCCUACGCGAUAUACAUGACGUACUACGAUUUAGAUAUAGGUAGAUUCUGCGAGGAGACGUGGCCGUCUGAGGACCUGCGACGUAUCUUCGGCUCAGUGACCUCUGUCCUUCAAUUCGUCUUACCGUUUGCGGUGAUCGCCUUCUGCUACACGUGCGUCAGCUUCAAAUUGAACGACAGGGCCAAAGCGAAAGCGGCCAGCAAGAAUACCAGAAAGGAGGAGUUCGAUAAGAACAGGAAACGACGCACCAAUCAGAUGCUAAUCGCGAUGGUCACAAUAUUCGGUCUCUCCUGGCUUCCUCUGAACGUGAUCAAUCUCUAUAACGACUAUUACAUAUACGCUAUCCAUUCGAGGUUCUACUUCUUGAUAUUCUUCGUAUGUCACGUGAUCGCAAUGUCAUCCACGUGCUACAACCCGUUCAUCUACGCGUGGAUGAACGAGAACUUUCGAAAGGAAUUCAAGCAAUUGAUUCCGUGUAUAGAUACGUCGGCGCAGCUUCGUGGGAAUAUACCGCUGCAGCAGCUAGGUGUUUGCCAGUCGGAGAAGACGUUCAAUGGUAACACGGCGACAGAUAGCUUUAUGGGCUCGAGUUCUCAGAGGAGCACCUCGUUCAGACAUAAAAGGAAGCCGAGUGCUGCAGCGGACGUCGAGAAGAGCGGGGUCGAAUUGAAUGAGGACCUAUUGACGGUGGACGUGAAACAUUGCCACAUUUCAACGAGCUACAAUCUGAGGCGUGAGUCUGUGAAACUGAGGCUCAUUAAUGAAGAGUCCUUUGAUGGGACACCCACCCAGAGUCAAUUCUAA